AUGAGCGCGUUGACGCAGCUGGUGCAGCCAAGCCCGGCGAAGGAGCAGGUGCGCCAUGGCGUAGAGGGGGCAUGCAGGUCCCUCGCGUCGGUGAACGCAGCGGAGCGCGACGCGGCAGGUGCAGCGCUACUGCAAUUUGCGCACAGCCCGGAUCUCGUAGACGAAUCCGCCUUUCUUCUUGGCUGCACGGACGAUGCAUCCGUGCACUUUCACGUCCUCGGCGCACUGCUCAGCCAGCUGGGGCGGCUCGACGUGAGCGACGAGAAGCGCGAGGUGCGCUCGCUCGUGUCUCUCAGCGACUGGCUGCUCCAGGCAGCGACCGUGCGCAGAGACGCGCCGGCGUACGUCGCCUCGCGCCAGAUGCGCGCGAUCGUCUUGCUGGCGAAGCGCGCGGGGGGGCACAUUGCGGCACUGGAUCCGGCGCCGAUCGUGGCCCUGGUUCAGCACGCCACCUCGCUCAUCCAGUCCGAGCACAAGGCAGUCGGACUGCAGCUCGCUCUGGCCAUCGCGCAGGAGAUGGACGUGUCGGCGCUCCCUGGCGUCGAUGCCGACGGCGUCCAAGUGGGACUGAGCACGGACGAGCACGUUUGGGCACACGCAGUCGUCCAGGUGCACGGCAUGCCGGUGUUGCUUCCGGCGACACUCCAGACGCUCUAUGCCAGCCAAGACGACAUUGCGUUGCUGCUCCCGGCCGCGCUCGCGACAAGCGCGCUCCUUGAGUGGGACUGGAACGCGAUUCCCCUGCUGCCGGCGGCCGCACAGCAAUAUGCGCCUGCACAGCUCCUCGAAGCCGUGCAGCGCCCAGGGUGCGAGUCGGAGGGCGUGCCGAGCGGCGUGGCCGACAUCCUCUUGUCGCCCGACCUCCCUGGCCUGCUAGGCUCGGCUGCACGCGCAGCGGGGAGCGCUGCUGAUGCGAUGCCCGAUAAGGCGCUUGCUGCACGCAACGCCGCGCAUGCACUCCGUGGCGCGUUGCAGCAUGUCGCUGCCUAUGCCCCGGCAGAGAACGAGGGCAAAUGGAGCGCACAGCGCCUCGCGUUCGCCAAGGCCCUCGGAACCUAUGUCGACGAGACGGCUACGCGCGUCGCGCAGUCGUCCGUGCUUACGACCGAGCUCGACGUGCUCCGCAUUCUCGCACAGAUCUACCAAGGUCUCGUGUCGGGCCACAGCGGCCGUGUGAUCCUUGCCGCCGGUGCGAGCGAGGUCGAGGGCCUGCUGCAUGCGCUUGCCCACCUCACACAGGCGAGCUUCCAUGCGGCACUCUACCUUGCGCCGUCAUGCGCCGACGAAGAGAGCCUCGCCGAGGCGGAUGCGGCCGUGACAGAAGUGCUUGCCUUGUGGCGCGCACUGCUCUGUGCGCUCGAGUCGCCCGACGCGCCGCCGGUGCUCGAGGCGGUCCACUCGCAUGUGCGCGACCACGUCGUCUUGGCCUACCAGGCCGGCCGCCUGCACGCCGCCCAGGCCGCAGCGGCUAACGACAGCGAGAUGCGCGAGGAGCAGGCGAGCGACGCCGAGGCGUACGACGAGCAGCUCACGCUGUACGCGGCGCUUGGGCGUACGUGCCUCGGCGACGCGGUGGGCGCUCUCGCCGCAGCACAAGUGGCCCUCCAAGCGUCGCUCUCCGCCGGCCCGUCGGACGCGACGUGGGAGCAGCUGCACUGGCUUGCGAUGCUCACGGGCCACCUCGUCGCGGAUGCACCCGCCGCCGAGACCGUGAGCCUGCCCGACGCCGCGGUGCACUCGGACACUGCGACGCAGGACGCACUCCUGGCACUGCUGCACGCCAUGAGCCUCGUCCUGCUGCCGGCCCUGCUGCCCCACGGCCCGAACGAUGCGCACGCCGCUAGUCCGCAGGUCGUUGCAUCGCUCCUCGUAAUGACGGCGCGCUGGGUGCCGACGUACCUGCUGCGUACGGACAGUGCGCGCGUCGGCGCACCGCUGACGGGCGCGAGCGGCGAGCAUGUCCUUGAUACGCUCCUGGGCGAGGUGCGUACCGCGCUCGACGUGUGGCGCUCGGACGCGGACGUGCUCAUUGCUGCCGCUGCGCUUCUCGAAUCGUUUGCACACACGCCCGGCGCCAUGUCGGUGCUCCUUGCGCGCGACGCGAUGCAGGGCCUUGUGCGCGACGCGCUCACCUCGCUCGAGAGCCUGCCGGACGCCGCGCACGCCCCACUCUUGCGCGCGUUUGUGCGGUGCCUCGACACCGCGCGCGAUGGGCCGGUGUCGGCGAGCGACGCGCGCGCAGUGUACUACCCCCUUGUCCUCGAGGCCGUCCAAGCACGGAUGGCCUCGGCGGUGCGCGCAAGCACUGCGCCGCAGCUUGCCGCGUCGGUGCACUCAGCGCUGCGUCUGGUGGAAGUGCUCGCCGGCUGCGCCGAUCCGCACACGUCGCGCGCCGUGCACGAGCAGCUCAUUGCGCAGCUCCCUGCAGUCGUCGAGAUCGCUCAGGCGCUGACGGCACACCCCGACGUGCUGUGUGCGGCGUUGCAGGCCGUCCGUGCGGUGCUCUGUGCGCUGGAAGAGCUCGAGGUGGAUCACGGCCCAGUGGCGCACAGCGUGCAUGCGCUCCUCGCGACUGUGCGCCCUACACUCGGCGACGCGGACGCAGAAGAGGUGUGGGUGCUGUACCUCGGCACGAUCUGCGCGCUGGCGCAGGUCUGUGCGCCGACCGACCUUGCGCCGCUGUGCGAUGCGGGCGGCGUGCGCACGAGCGAUCCUGCGGCCGUAUCGGCCGCGUCGUUCGCCGCAGCCAUGUCGUUCCUCUCGCUCGAAACGCUCGCCAUUGUCCCGGUGCGCGAGGCGCUUGCGGAGUGCACCGUGGCACUCUUGCUCAAGACGAGUGCCGUGCUGCUCGGCAGCGCGGACGGCACGCCGAGCGAUACGCCGUCGCCACUCGUCCUGCUCGCCUCGGGGAUGCGCACCGCGCCGCUGGCCGUGCCGAGCGCCAAUCCCCUGGAAGUCGUUCUGCGUACCGCUGCGCUGCUUGCGGGCACGGCGGACACCACCAUCGAUGUGCAGGUCACUGCGCUUGCGCCCGCCGUCGGCCUCUUGUGUGCCCGCCUGCCUGCUGUGCCGCCGAACACGAUCAGUGCGCCGCAGGUGCAGCAGAGCGUCGACCGACUGGCAUGGGACUUGGUGCGCGCGCUCUUUUUGCGCCCCCUACACCUCCCCCUCCUCUCGUCGCUGGUGCUGAUGCUGCGCUCGAUUACCCUUGCGCGCGUCCACGCCGAGUGGCUCGGCGGCCAGUCGUCGUACGUGCACGCGCUCGAGGUCGGCUGCGCCUCGGUGCCGCUCUCGGACGCGCACCGCGCCGUGCUGGGCGAGGGCGUGCAGGGCCUCGUGCAGCAGAUCCUCACCUCGCAGCCCCCGUCCCCCCAGAACGUGGCGCCGGCGCUGGCCGCACGCAUGCACGCAAAGGAGGAGCAGAAAGCGUGUCUUGCCCUGUGCCGCGCGGUGCGGCCGCAACUCUUGCAAGCACGCGGCGUGCUCUGUGUACAAUAG